GCCAAGUGUCAGGUAAGCCGAAGAGCUGUGAGCGGACAUGGGUCUAUAAAGAACAUGUUUAUUAUGGAGUCGGUGUUUGAACACUUAACAGGUUAGGUGCACAGAGACAGAGAGACAAGAGACAGGACCAGUACUAAGCGAAUUUUCUCUCCUUGCUUCCAGUCCAUCCGCUGGAGUAGUACAACAAGUUACAGGAUCACGUUUGUACCUUUUCAUCCUCCCUGGGGAAGGCGAUCCAAGCAUCUAUUGCACAUCAUCUGGGUGAAAACCAAGAACUUUGGGUGAAGAAUUGGACGCUGUGCAUUCGGGGAGUGCACACUGUGAUGACUGAGCAGGGAGCCCAGGUCCCAAGUUCUUCAAAGCCCUGUUGUUCCAAGCUCCACCUCUUCCACUUCGACUGCAUGGUUCGAUCUUACUGCCAGCAGUCAUUUUAAAAACGGAAAAUCCACAGUACUUUAGGAAGGGCGGCGUCUCUGAAUUUUCUCAGUGUUCUACCACUGAUCUUGAUAUUAUUCCUCUGAGUUGUACCUUUUCCCCAAGUGUCCUGUGUUUUCGUGCUUUUCAUAUUGAGGCUCAGGUUGGAUCCAGUCCCCCAAGCCAGUGGUUCACUCCGUGAUCUUGGGCAAGCUGCCCCCGCACAGAGGCAGUUUCCUCGACCGUAAAAGGAAGUGGAUAAUACAGUGUUCCGCUCCUGGGGUGGCUUCGAGGGAUGCAUUUAUGCAUACGAAGCUCACCACGUUGCGUGAGAAGCAGUGAAGACUGAACAGAACCGCUGCACAUCAGUGGUUCUCAACGUGGCCACGCAUCGGAAUCACCUGGGGCAAAGAAUACCCAUGCGUGGAAAUUAGCUCUCCACGGAGAUUCAGGCUUGACUCGUCGAGGUGUAGCCUGAGCAUCAGGAUGUUUUAAAGCUUCCCAGGUGAUUCUAAUGGACACGCAAGACUGAGAGCCACCCUUCAAAAUAACUCGGGAAACAAGAUGUUCUGAGAGCUCCCAUCCAAGGCUGCACAGUCUCUCAGAGGAAGAUGGCUAGGGGGUGUCAAACCUGAAAGGGUACCCUCUGUUUUUCUUGUAAAACUCCCAUUGAAGAUGGAGGCUAUGCAAGGCCCUUCCAGCCCAGGUACUUGUCCAGGGUCCCCUAGGGUUUGCGACCUGAUGAAAGUGAGGUUCCAUGUAACGUGUAUGUGUUUCUCAUUAAAGUUCCACAUUCAGAAUCUGGCUUCAGAGACAGCAGGAAAAGAAGGUAAACUUGUUUGCACAGAAGGAGUUUCUCUUCCUUCAAGCCACGCCAGCCUCUAAACCUUCAUAAGGCAGAGAAGGCGGCUCCCUUCCCUGGCACACUCCGAAAGGCUCUGCGUUCACCAGUGGCUCGUUUUUAAGACAAAAGGGUGCACACCCUGACCAGGAGAUCUGAGCAGUUAAACUGUGUGCUGUCUACAUCAGAGCCUCAGGACAUGCAGAAAUUCCCUGCAAGGCUGGACCCCCAAACAUGAGGCCUUGCCCAAGGAGACUCUGUCAUCUGGACCAAACUGUCCAGGGGCCUUUGCUUUUGGCUGUGCUCAUCUUCCUCCUCUUCACCUUGCCCUCCUUUAUUAAGGAACCUAACACAAAGCCUAGCAGGAAUAAGCAUCAACAGAACAUUAAGGAAAGGUCCCCAGAGUUACUGCAAAAUGCCAUGUCUCAGGCACCCACCACGAGAAGGAAGGCAACCACCCACAUGGGGUCAGUACUGGGGACCCACACUCGGGACACACACCCCGAGGCCACAGCCCUCACGGCCAACCAGCGCAGAAGAGCGCAGACCAGCAAGGCCCAUGCCAAGGAGCCGGGCAGAGUGCCCACCCCCACCGGAAAGGCAGCACUGCAGACACGGGCGAGCAAGGACACCGGGGUGGACACGCUGCCCCCAACGGCUGGAGGUGGGGGGGUGACCUCCAGCAGGACCGAGGCGCCAUCACUGAACAGUCAGAACCCAAGGCCAACCAAAGGAUCCGGGGACUGGAAGGCGAGGCCCACAGGCCCCAGAGCAGUGCCCACGGAGCCGCGGGACAGCCCGGCAACUGCAGCUAAGACCCUCCUUCCAAAACUCCAGGCUGGGGCGCAGGCGGGGAAGGGAGCCAGAGGAGCCACCCCAGCAGCCGCCCCCUCCCAGGACAGAGCCCAGCCCACACGGUCCUCGGCCCCUCCCCAGAGCCCUGCCACCCAGAGAAGCCAGAAGUUGAAGGCCGCCAACUUCAAGUCUGAGCCCCAGUGGGAUUUUGAGGACGAAUACAGUCUGGAGGUGGGCGGCCUGCAGACGACCUGCCCUGACUCGGUGAAGAUCAAAGCCUCCAAGUCACCCUGGCUCCGGACUCUCUUUCUGCCCAACCUCACCCUCUUCCUGGACUCUGGACACUUCAACCAGAGCGAGUGGGACCGCCUGGAGCACUUCCCUCCGCCCUUCGGCUUCAUGGAGCUCAAUUUCUCCUUGGUGCAGAAGGUCGUGGCGCGCUUCCCCCCAGUGCCCCAGCAGCAGCUGCUCCUGGCCAGCCUCCGCCCCGGGAGCUCCCGGUGCAUCAGCUGUGCCGUGGUGGGUAACGGGGGCAUCCUGAACAACUCCCACGUGGGCCCAGAGAUAGACAGCCACGACUACGUGUUCCGGCUGAGUGGUGCCGUCAUUAAAGGCUAUGAACACGAUGUGGGUACUCGGACCUCCUUCUACGGCUUUACCGCCUUCUCUCUGACCCAGUCACUCCUUACACUGGGCAGUCGGGGUUUCCGGCAUGUGCCUCUGGGCCAGGACGUCCGCUACCUGCACUUCCUGGAAGGCACCCGGGACUAUGAGUGGCUGGAAGCACUGCUUCUGAAUCGGACCGUGACUUCAAGGAACCUUUCCUGGUUCAGGCGCAGACCUCAGGAGGCCUUCCAGGAAGCCUUGCAACUGGACAGAUACCUGUUGCUGCACCCAGACCUGCUCCGAUACAUGAAGAACAGAUUCCUGAGGUCUGGGACUCUGAACACUGCCCACUGGAGAAUAUACCGGCCCACCACGGGGGCCCUCCUGCUGCUCACUGCCCUCCAGCUCUGUGACCGGGUGAGUGCCUAUGGGUUCAUAACCGAGGGCCACGAACGCUUCUCUGACCACUACUAUGAUAAGUCCUGGAAACGAACGAUCUUUUACAUCAACCACGACUUCAAGUUGGAGAGGACGCUCUGGAAGCGGCUACAUGAUGAAGGUAUCAUCCGGCUGUACCAACGUCCUAUGACUUCCAAGCCGACCAUCUGAAGGGAGCCUGGGCUGCUGAAGUCCCUUCAGCUAUUCUAAGGCUCAGAGCACAGUGGGGGGCCAGAGACUCGUCUGCCAUCUUCCAGCGCCUGAACCAGGCUCUGAGCCCCUCCAGACUUCAGGGGUAGAGGUCUACCGAACUACUGCAGAGGAGGGGACACCCUCAAGAUGGCAAGUGAUGGGCUGAGGUUUCGGAGACCUUGGAAAAAUUUCUGCAGAGUUUGUUCCGUGGAGGUGGGGACUUGAUUUUUGAGACCAAGGGGACUUCCCUGGUGGCUCAGACGAUAAAGAAUCUGCCUGCAAUGCAGGAGACCUGGGUUCAAUCCCUCAGUC